AAUGUUAAUGCAGUGCCAAGAUAAAUGACCGGAUUUCGUUCAGUAGAAAAGGACGACACAUGCUGUCUGUUGGAUUAGCUACAAAGUGUUAUGAUUCUCUUCAACAAAUAAGUUUGUUUUAUCUCAUUAUAAUAUACGAGGACAUAGUUUUAUACGCAACGGCGACAGUGUUGGAAAAUUAACGAUCGUUGGAACACGACGCUAUAGGACCGUGAUACAUGAUGGUGGAGAGGCGCCGAGGUUUGUUACCAUACACCUGAUUGUCGACAACAGUGUUGACGAUGAACCACGCUUUGAACUUCCUCACCUUAUUUUCCUCUCUCAAUGGACCACUUCCAUUCCCUGGGCACAGAGUACCAGGACUAAGACCUAUUCACCCGAUGCCAAUGACUCCAGCAUUGUCUGCAGGUGUGUCUUUCAAUGAAAUUGAAAAUAUUUUAGAUAGAAGGAAAGGCAGCCUAACUAUCCCUCAUUCCAUUCAGAGCCAUCUCUUCGAACAUCAACUUGGUCUUAGUUUUCCACCUCCGAAUCCACAACCACCAUCGUCAGCCCCCGGAGUUCCACUCACUAACAUCAUAAACAUUCUAAACAGAAUGAGAGCUGGCAAUAAUCAUCCUCGUUUUCACCCUGAAUCGUCAGAUAAUCACCAACAUCAUAGCCAUCCUCAUCACAGUUCUGAAUCUCCCAAUUUUCCUAUGGAUGUCCACCUCCAUCAAAGUUUUGAACCACCACAUAUUCCCUCAGAUCAUACCCAGUCUCAUCAAAAUUCUGAAUCUCACAAUAUUCUUCCGGAACAUGCUCAUCGUCAUCAAAGUUCUGAAUCGCUUGAUAUUCUCUCUGAAAAAUUCCAAUCUCAUCGAAGUUCUGAAUCUCUUAACAUUUCCACAGAGAAAAAUCGUACCCUUCUAAGUUCUGCGUCUUCGAGUAUUCUUUCGAAACAGAGUAACUCCAGCUCAAAUCAGGAACCGUCGAAUUUUCAUCCAAAGAAUAAUCAUUCUCACCUCAAAUCUGAAACACUGAAUACUCGUGGAGAACAUGAUCAUCCUCACAGAAAAUCUAAACCUGUGAAUUUAGAAACUACAAAUCGACAAACAAAACAUAUUCGUAAGAAUGAAGGAAAAGGUACCAUUGAUCAUGGAAGUAAAGCAUUAAUUGAACGCUUUAAAGACCCCAUCGGAUUCCAUGAAUUAUUGGAGGACUUUGACGUACAUAUAUCCCAUGUUCCCAAACCUAAUGGAGAUGAUCAUGCUGAUAUUACAAAUAUGACAAGAACCUUGAAUACCUCAGAGGAGCUUGAAACAGCAGAUACAGCAGACAGUGAUGAUUUUCCUACACUACUAAAUGCUUCAUUGGAGUGUGAUAAACCGUGCCCUGAACCUAUCGAAUGUUCUUUUGGUUUGCUACAAGAGACCUGUCCUAGAUGUGAAUGUGCUCCGGACCCCUGUGUCGACAACCCAUGCUCUUCGGCGGAAGAAUGCAUUCGUAUUUCCAAUGACGAGUGCGUCGAUCAAAACAGCACCACAUGUCCCCAUUUAUAUAUCUGUCAAGACCUUGGUUGUGAUUGUCCUGCUACUUGGGAUCCUGUUUGUGGCACUAAUGAAGAAUUGUCUGUAACAACAUACAUCAACAACUGCACCUUGAAUUGUCACGAAGGAAUGGAAAAGGUUUAUGAUGGAGAAUGUUGGCCGUUAAAUAUUCCAAGAUUUUAUUUCAACCAAAAUGAUACAGACGAUGGAGAUGAAGAAAACAAAACAUUAAUUGCUGAUACAGUGGACACAGACGAUAUUAUUUUUGAAAUAGUGAACGAGACAGAUCUAUCAAGACGUCCAACAUUAUCUCCAUCUUUGAAUAUGUAUGAUGACAAUGACACAACAACAACAACAACAACAACAACUACUACUACUACUACAACCACCACUACCACCGCCGCCGCCUCAACAACAUAUACAACCACAGCAGCAAUGCCAACAGGAAUUACAACUAAGAAAAACACCAUGCCACCUUCUACCGUUAUUCCAAACAUUAAAUCUAAUACCACAAAAGAAAACGCAAUGGAAACUACAACACAAAAUGAUAUUUUGUUUGCAAAACAAAUUAUUCAGGACUUUGAGAGCAUGCUAAAUUUCUCAGCUUUAAACUCUUUAGAGAAAGGUUACGGCAAAAAUCGAAGCACAGAAAGUGUGAAACACAAUUCACCUGUGGGGAAGAUUAAAGAAAUCACGGAGUUUAAGAAUAGACUUUUCCUCCUAGAAAACGACAUCCCAAGAAUUCCGAAGGAGUUUCUGCAUGUUGUGCAUAAUACAAGAUUUACGAGAAAACCAAAGAAAGCAUCUAAAAUCAGGUCUCACGUGAAACAGAAUUACGACAAACUCAGAGUGGGUCAAAUGACCACUAAACCGUCAAAUAAAAUUGAAAAGGUGAAUACGUUAAAUCCUGCUGAUGAUCUCAUGUUCGAAUCAGAUGACGAUUUUACUGGGCAAGACUUGCCUAAGUUAUUUGAUAUUUUGAAUGGAUAUCACUUUAAUAACAAAACGUGGUCUGGGCAGUGAAAAAAUCCAUGCUCAAUGAUUGUGUAGAACGAACCUUACACUGACGAACUACUUCCCCCAGAUUCAUCCGCACGAAGAAAGCCUACCUAUCUAAUAUACUCAAACUGUUGUCAUCAGUAUCGGAGAAUAUGACGUAACGUAUAUACAGAGACUUUCCUUUUGAUACACGUGUGCUAUGAC